CGCCGAGCCGGCAACGAGUCGCGACCGCGCUUGCCAGUUUCUCGCCGGCGCGCGUGGAGACCGGUCGGGUGUUCGAGUCGUUCCUCCGGCUUAGGUCGUGUUGUGAUUUCAAGUCGUGCGCGUUGAAGUCGUCGACGUCGUCGUACCGUACUCGCUCCCCGACGAAGACAUUCGGUUGACCGAAAAAAAAAAAAAAAAUCCCGGAUUCCCUCCCACCUGUUGGAUUCUCAGCGAGUACUGCUGCCUCCUCCGUGUGUGUGCUGCGUGGUCUUCGUUCGACGAGGAUAUUUUUUUGACCACGAUCGGGAUUUUUUCCCCUGCUUGGAACGUGUUGCUUCUUGUGCGCGAGUCUGUGGUUCGUCUCUGAGAGCGAACAGCACUGUGGUGACCCCGCUCCGUCUGGGCUUUCGCGUGACGAACAUCGCGUUCGUCGGUGUUCGGUGUAGUGCUGCGAACUCCGCGUGGGAUCUCGUUUUGAAGAUAGCAGCCGGCCCCGGAUUUGAACUUUGUCGGUUCCAUUGCAGUGUCGCUGCUGCGUCUUCCGCGGCGGCCCUCUUCUGAGCGACCCAUGAUCGACGGCGAGGCGACGACCCCGACGUUGGCCCAGCGGCGGCGACGGUGAGGACGGCGUCGCCCCCGAGUUGUGCGCGGCGGCGAUGCACCGGCCGCGCCAACGAGGCCGCUGUGCUAGCGGCCGGCACGGCGCGGCAGCUGCCACGGCCGCCAUGGCCCUCCUCAGCCUGCCACCGCUAUUACUGGCCAUGCUUCUGCACGCGGCCGAAGCGGCCCGGCUCGUGUCGGCGGCGGACGACGGCGUGGUGGCCUCGUACCGGAGCUACAACGAGAGCGUCAACUUCACGCACCUGGUGCUGGACAGGGUGGGCGGCCGCCUGUACCUGGGCGCCACCAACCGCCUGUACCAGCUCGACGCCGCCAGACUGCAGCUACAGGUGGACCUGGCCACGGGACCCGUCCAGGACAGCGUGCUCUGCUCGCCCGCCAGCUGCGAAGGGUACCCGACGUUGCCCACAAACAACGUCAACAAGGUCCUGCUGAUCGACCCGGUGGCCCAGAAGCUGAUCGUGUGCGGCAGCGCGCGCCAGGGCGCCUGCCAGCGGCACUCCCUCUCGGACGUGGCCGAGAAGGAGCCGCUGGUGCCCACGCCCGUGGCGGCCAACGACGAGAACUCGUCCACGUUCGCGCUCAUCGCGCCGUCUCACUACUACGGCCGCGACUCGCGCGCCCUGUACGUGGCGACGACCAACAGCCGGCAGGGCCCGUACCGGGACAUGGUGCCGGCCAUCUGCACCCGCAGCCUGGAGCCGGAGUCCGAGCGGUUCCGCAUCAUCGAGCCCAACUUCUCGGAGUCGGCGCGCAUCGACAUGGCGCACCACAUCAAGGACUACUACCUCGUGCGCUACGUGUACGGUUUCCACACGGACGAGUACGUGUACUUCGCCACCGUGCAGCGAAAGAGCCACCUACGCGCCUCCGAGGAGCUCGGCUACAUCAGCCGGCUGGCUCGCGUGUGCACGUCCGACCCGGCGUACAACACGUACACCGAGGUGACGCUGCAGUGCGUCGGCCCCGACGGCACCGACUACAACCUGCUCCAGGACGCGGUGGUGUUCGACGCCGGCGACGACCUGAGUCGCGAGUUGCGCCUGCCCCUGGGCGGUGGCGGCAGGCGGCGGCGUGUGCUGGCCGCUGUGUUCGCGCUCUCGCGGGACCACACGGCCCGGUCGGCCCGGCGCUCGGCGCUGUGUCUCUACCCGUUGAGGGACGUGGAGCGCCGCUUCACCGAGAACAUACACAUGUGCUACAACGGCAGUGUCCUGACGCGAAAUAUGGAUUACAUCGCCGGAAGCGUCCAGAGCUGCCCGGAGCCGGGGCAGAGCGGCAACGUGCUGAGCUUCUGCAACGAGACGCUCAAGCUAAACGGCAGCUCGCCCAUCUCGCGUGCCGCCAGCGCCGUGUUCGAGAACCUGACGCUGACGUCGGUCGCGGCUGCCGCCACGCCACAGCACAGCGUGGCUUUCCUCGGCUCCGACAGAGGGCGCCUCAAGAAGAUGUUCCUGACGAAUCAGGGCCGAGCCGAACAGUUCGAGGAGGUGACCAUCGACGACGGAAACCCCAUCUUGCCCGACAUGGAAGUCGACAAGACGGGACACUUCCUCUACGUGGCCUCGCCUUACAAGGUCAGCAAAGUCCGCGUGGACCGCUGCCAGCAGUACAACACGUGCGACCAAUGCCUCCAGGCCAGGAACCCAUACUGCGGAUGGUGUUCGCUCGAAAAAAGGUGCACGGUGCAGUCGGAGUGUCUGAACGCGUCCGCUGGCGCCGACCAGCGGAGCUCGUCGCGGUGGCUGUCGCUGGACACGCAGCAGUGCAUCGACUUCCAGUCCAUCGCGCCUGAGAAGCUGCCCCGCUCGGCCACGACCACCGUGGAGAUCGCCAUCAACCAGUUGCCCCAGCUGCCCCGCGGCGCCCACUACGAGUGCGUGUUCGGACACAGCGCCCCGAUCCAGGCGAAGGCCACGCAGCACGGGCUGGCCUGCUCCACGCCCGCCGUGCCCGACAGACCGCCCAUACCCGUCGGAUCGGAUCACGUGGACGUGACGCUGUACAUCCGAUCCAGCGAAACCAACACCGACUUCCUGCACAGACCGUUCACCUUCUACGACUGUUCCGUCCACAAAACAUGCUCAGCGUGCGUGACGAGCGCCUUCGCCUGCAACUGGUGCUUCAGCGAGAACACCUGCACGCACAACGCCACCUCGUGCUCCAGGAACGUCAUCAGCGGAGAGAACAGCCCACAGAACUCGCUGGUGAAAGGCCGACAGCACUGCCCGAGCUUCGGCGCCGACUCGUCCCUGCUGCUGGCCAACGGGGUUCGCACCGAGGUGGCUGUCGAAGCACGCAACCUGCCCAGCCCAGCGGACAACUUCCACUGUGUGCUAGACAUCGAAGGCAGGCGUGAACGGGUGCAAGCCAGAGUCGUCAACAACAAGAUCAUCUGCUCCCAGGCCGUGUACUCGUACCAGAGUGAGAUUCCCGAGCAGCAAGGAACGCUGACAGUCCUCUGGAACGGAAACACAUUCAUCGGCAAGGCGAACGUGACGCUGUACAAGUGCCAGCUCCUGGGCAGCCACGGAGGCCGCGCCGACUGCUCGCUGUGCCUGACCCGCGACCCCAAGUACCGGUGCUCGUGGUGCGGAGGCGUCUGCGCCACGGCCGACUCGUGCGACCAGCCCGUCUCCACCACCUGUCCACCGCCGCGCAUCGACUGGAUUCAUCCCUUGAGUGGACCCAUCGAAGGUGGAACACAGGUUACAAUUGAAGGGAGCAACCUGGGAACAAGCCAGGAAGAGAUCUAUGAUAAGAUCAAAAUUGGUGGAAUCCCCUGCAUCCCUACUGAAUACAAUGUGUCAGUCAGGGUUGUCUGUAGGACAGGAGCAAGUGGGUCGCCACUCACGGCAGACGUGGUCGUUGGGAAUCGUGCUGGCAUCACACAGGCAAAGGAGAAGUUCCAGUAUCGACAGGUCACGGUGCGCGACCUUCAACCCCGCACGGGACCCCAGUCAGGAGGCACUCGACUCUACAUCAGUGGAUCGAAUCUCAAUGUCGGCAGCAACCUCACUGUGUUCCUUGACAACCUCCCCUGCACUGUUGACAAAACUUUGGCCAGCAACAGCCAGAUCUCAUGCAAAACUAGCAAGGCCGCUAUACCAAAGUACAAUGUUUCCUACCUGAUCCUCAAGAUCGACAAUGCCACCCUAAGUAUACCAAGCCCUUUCAACUACUCAGAAGAUCCAACCAUACUCAAGAUAUCACCACUCAAAAGCUUUGUCGGUGGUGGUCGGAAUGUGAUGGUCACAGGUAGCAAUCUCAAUGCUGUUCAGCAACCACGAAUGGCAGUCUUUUACGAGAACCAAAUACUGAAUGAAACGGUGUGUGAAGUCCUGUCACCUUCCUUGAUGUCCUGUCCCUCACCACCCAUCAAUGCUGAAGCCUACCGACAGCUUCCUAGCAGCGACAGGCAGAAGAGCCUGGGCAAGGACAAUCGCAUCAGCGGUGGCAGCCACACAGGUCUCAGCACCAGCUACAACAAUGACCAAGACGCUGGCGGCCACCGGGAUGAGUGGCGGUUUCGCAUUGGCUUCACCAUGGAUGAUGUCAGCAGUGUCCUUGAGCUGCCCCGAACUUUCCCAUUGCUUCACUCUGACCUGGUCUAUGUGCCGAAUCCACAGCUGCACCGAGUUGAGGGUGACGGCGUAAAGCUCUACAAAGGCGAAUUGCUCGUCAUUGAGGGUAGUAACCUUCGCCUGGCAAGUACCGAGUCAGAAGUAAAUGUGACAAUUGGAACACAGUCAUGCAACAUCACUUCUCUGACUAUGAAUCAACUUCUUUGCUGGCCACCUGAAGUUCAGCCUUCGGGCACAGAUGAGUUGGGUCGUUGGACUGACAAUGGACUUCCAAUGGUUGUGGUUCGUAUUGGCAGCAACCUUCGUUAUGAGGUGGGCUUUAUGCGCUACGAAGUGGCCAAGACAUACAGCUUCCCACCAGAGGCUGUCGCCGGCCUUGCAGCAGGGGCAUUGGCCGUGGUUCUUCUGAGUGCCGUGAUCCUGCUCGUGCUGCGGCACAAGAGCUCCCAGGCCGAGCGGGAGUACAAGCGCAUCCAACUCCAAAUGGACGAUCUCGAGAAGAGCGUUCGAAUUGAGUGCAAGCAAGCCUUUGCAGAGCUGCAGACAGUUGUCACUGACCUAACCAAUGAUCUUCAGUCUGCUGGUAUCCCAACGUUAGAUCAUCGGUCAUACAUCAUGAAGGUGUUCUUCCCUGGUGUUUACGAACACCCUCUACUUCAAGACAACAAGGUCAAGAACAACGGCAUCUACAGCAACUAUGAAGUGGCAAUGUCCCAGUUCGAGCAGUUGAUUCUGAACAAGAGCUUCCUCGUGACUUUCAUCAACACUUUGGAGAGCCAGAAGUCAUUCACCAUUCGUGACAGAGUGAAUGUGGCCUCUCUGCUGAUGAUUGUCUUCAUGGGGAGGCUGGAGUAUGGAACUGAUGUGCUGAGGACAUUGCUACUCCAGCUGAUCGAGAAGUCCGUGAGCAGCAAGCACCCGCAGCUGAUGCUUCGGAGGACUGAGUCAGUUGUCGAGAAGAUGCUCACCAACUGGCUGGCACUGAGCAUGUACGACUACCUGAGAGACUAUGCGGGCAGCUCCCUGUUCCUCCUCUUUAGCGCCAUCAAGCACCAAGUCGAGAAGGGCCCCGUGGAUGCUGUCACGUACGAUGCCCGUUAUUCCCUCUUCGAGGCACGGCUGCUGCGGGAGCAAAUUGACUAUGAAGUUGUGACCAUUCAGGUGAUACAAGAGGACCAGGAUGAGAAGAUUCACUGCAGGGUCAAUGACUGUGACACUAUUAGCCAAGUGAAAAGCAAAAUACUUGACACGCUGUACAAAAAUACUCCCUUCUCUCUGAGGCCGUCCAUCCACGACGUCGAUCUUGAAUGGCGAAAUGGUAGGAGCGGUCAUCUCAUUUUGGCUGAUGAAGACAUGACUACAAAGACAGUCAAUGGCUGGCGACAGAUCAACACCCUGCGGCACUACAACGUUAAGGAUUCUGCUGUCAUGAGCCUAGUCAUGAAGCAGAAUGACAGCUUCAGUUCCAAUUGCAAUGUCUCGCUGAACUCCAUGUCUCCCAUAGUGUCUCACUGCGAGCUUGAGCAAGGCAUCAAGUACUGGCAUCUAGUCAAGCCAGAGGACGAGACGAUUGGCCAGCCAAAGGACAUCUACCACAAGGCCAUUCCUGAGAUCUUCCUCACCAGGCUACUUUCCACUAAGGGCACUGUGGAGAAGUUUGUGGAAGACUUCUUCAAGACCAUUUUGACUGUGAAUGAAGCCCUGCCACCAGCCAUCAAGUGGCUGUUUGACCUGCUCGAUGAAGCUGCGCAUAGACAUGGUAUCAUUGACCCCGAGGUGCCCCAUGCUUGGAAGAGUAAUUGCCUGCCUCUACGCUUCUGGGUAAACUUCAUCAAGAAUCCCGACUUCAUCCUGGACGUCCAGAAGAGCCCCAUCGUUGACUCCUGCCUCUCGGUAAUCGCCCAGACACUGAUGGACGCCUGCUCUACCUCGGAGCACCGGCUCGGCAAGGACUCGCCGUCCAACAAGUUGCUCUUUGCGCGCGACAUCCCCAAGUACCGGCGCAAGGUGCUGGAAUUCUACCAGGGCGUUGCGCUCCAGCCCAAGGUCACAGACCAAGAGAUGUGCGCCGUCAUGCAAGCACUCUCCCUAGCACAUUCCUCCGAAUUCGAGCCUUCCGGUGCUGUCAAAGAGCUGUAUGUGUAUGCUGCAAAAUACAGAGAGCAGGUUCUCAUGGGGCUUGAAGGUGACUUGCACUGCCGGAAGCUACAUUUGUCCCACAAGCUACUAAAUGUGGCAUGCACCCUUGAAGGUGAACAGACUUCAAUGUGUUGAUAGCGACCGACGCCUGCUCUAUGCAACGAACGCAAGCAGAAUACGAAGCAGCUUGUCAGGAAGCCAGCUACGACUACAGAACUCUGCGUGUGUCGGACGCAUCAACAGUGCGUGCAUGUGUGUGCGCGUGUGUGUGUGUGUGGGUAUGUGCGUCCGUGUCAUCGUUUCUGCGUGUAUGCCCAAAACUUUCUUCACAUUUAUUUAUGAGCUGUGAGAAGAGAGAGAAAGAGAGACUGUUUUUCCUAGAGCACACAAGAGGAUUCUCCCCCUCCGCCUCUUCAUCUUUGAGUCACGAGAAGAACAAGAGGAUAGAUUGACCAAACGCACAGGGACAGAGAUCACACUUAAAACAACAAAAAAUUUCGGUUCGGAAGCAGGGUGUUCUUUGGUGCUGUGCAGCACGCCACGUCGUCUGCAAGCACCGUUCUAUUUAUAACUACAUGUGCCUCUGUGGAGAAGAAAGACACUAUGGACCACUGGACGUGUGCUGCCACCUCGUGUUGUCAUCUUACCGCAAGGAGUUGGCAAUCGGGGGUGAAUGACGAUCUUGUCGGGGAGGGUGAAAUACCGGGCGAGGUGCACGGUAAACACCGUGCGCACGCUGUACUUGUCGAAGCUAUUUUUAAAUGUGCGAACCCCAUUUUACUCGUCGCAAUUGAGGGCGGCGCGGGCUGCCGCAGUUGUUGUUCAUCACACCCGUUUUUGUACAUUUUGUAUAGUAGCGCCAUUUUUUGAAUAGUUUGUUUGCGUGGUGAGAAGUGCCAGCCACGCGGAGAGCAUGCUUGAUCAUUGUUUGAGACUGCCAGCAUUGCCCAUUCUAAGUCACACUUCAACUUUUCUUAGUUCCCGCUUUCUUUCUUUUUUUUUUUUAAAGAAUGUGUGUUUUAAUAAUCCUGCAGCAAUGCUCUUAAUUGUUGGCGUGCAGAUCCAGUGAGGGCAGUCUGCUCCUUCCCGAGUGUCACACAAUUGGGCAGCCUCAAGUUUAUUGAGUAGUUCUUCAAAAAAACCAGUUGUAAAGGCGUUUAAUAUAUAUACACUGUACCUGUUUAUGGCAUUACGUAUCAGAGGCAAGAACUAUGACUGCCCAUAAUUGCAGACUUCAGUGCAUUAGCAUUUUUUUAUUAUGUGCUUCAUGUCCAUGAGCAGACUGUCUUAAAGGUGUCCCAACAAUUGGGUUUUGCAGUACGGAAAUUAUUUCUUGCCUUGAAAAGGAGAAAAAUAUAUAUAUCUGCCACUUUCACAUAUGUUGUUUCAACUAUCCUGAAAUUUAAGGUCACAUUUUUUAUGCAGAUUUUUUUUUUUCUGCUGGGAGUUCUCUGUGUAAAUAAAUGUGCUGCAGUGGUUGAAUAUAUGAAAGGUGCUGAAGCUGUUUGUGAAGCAACACUGCUGUGAAAAAAUAACGCCUAUGUUUUCUUGUGGAAAAACAAACUGCGACACCUUGUGGAAUAGUUGUUUUGUGUCAGUACAUGUUUUGCCUGUGAUACACCGAUCUCGCGUAACAUAUUUGGUGAAAAAAUCUGCAUUGGAACCUCGUUCCUUUCCUAAUUAUGCCAUUGUUACUCUCUGCUAGAGUUUUGACCUCUCUCAAGUUCAGUCACUGUCAUUUUUACUCUCUGAAGAAAAACUCUGACUCGGCUAUGAUGCUCAUGUUGAAAGGUCAAGUGCACUGCAGGGCUUGUGGUCGAAGACAGAUCUAACUUAUAGUUUAUAUUUUUCAUGCACUUUUUGUUUCAUAAUAGCUGGAUACAAAUAGUUCCAUAAUUCUGUAAGGUUACUAUUAAUAUUAAUUUCUGGCUUGACCAUUAAUAACAGGGGUGGUUAGACAAACAUAUUCAAAGAACCACGAAAUGGUUCAUCAUAUUGUUUGAGAGCCAUAGUAAAACAUAGAAGUUCCAGGCUCUAAUGCCACAGGCUGCCUUAUGUCUACUUGUGCUCCUUGUUAAAGAACACAGGUCGAGUUUCCCAGUAUGACAGAUGUGCACGUUUUAAAAUACAGUCAAGUGAGUGACUGCCUGAUGUAAUAGCCAGCCGUGAGCCACAAGCUGACCGAAGAAGAGCUGUCUGUGGCACACAGUUCAUAGUCUGGCCACCCCCGACUUUAAUAUUCACAGAUUCAUGGUUCUACAUUAAGUGAUUUCAGUUUUUGUACAUAAUUCUGUUUCGAGUGCGUUCACGAGGUUUCAGUGCAGAUUGUCGAAAAUCAACUUGGUUGAAUGGUGAGAAGGUAGUUAUUUGCAUGAGACAAGAAAGAAACUCUUCAGGUUAUAUCUAAAGGUGUGCGUUCAGCAGUUACAGUAUAUGGCACUGGGAGCCACCGUGGCGUUGUUUCUGUCAUAGCUGUCAAGCAAAGCAGGCUUCUGCACUGUUCGCCAAUUUGAUUGAGGAAUCAACAGCUGGUCCAACUACCUACGGUCAUAUUUUUGAUACUGGCCCCCCUCGCCGUGAAGCUAAUGAGAGACACGAUGCAAAAGUGCUGUGCAGCUGAAGCGCUUUGUCGUGUAGCAUGUUUCUGUGCUCUGCCAAUAAAGAAAAAUGCAGGUUCAUAA